AUGGAGCCAGUCAAUAGGACAGAGGUUUCUGAGUUCUUUCUGAAAGGAUUUUCUGGCUACCUAGCCCUGGAGCGCCUGCUCUUCCCUCUUUGUUCAGCCGUGUACCUGGUGAGCCUGUUGGGGAACACAGCCAUCUUGGUGGUGAGUGUGUUGGACUCCCACCUGCACACGCCCAUGUACUUUUUCCUGGGCAACCUCUCCAUCCUGGACAUCUGGUAUACCUCCACCUUUGUGCCUCUGAUGCUGGUCCAUCUCCUAUCAGCCCGAAAGACCAUCUCUUUUCUUGGCUGCACAAUCCAGAUGUGUCUGAGUCUGUCCACAGGCUCCACAGAGUGUCUGCUGCUCGCCAUCAUGGCCUACGAUCGCUACCUGGCCAUUUGCUGGCCACUCAGGUACCCUGUGAUCAUGAGCCACCAGCUCUGCUUGCUGCUGGCAGGAGCCGCCUGGGUCCUCUGUCUGUUCAAGUCAGUGACUGAGACAGUCAUGGCCAUGAGGCUGCCCUUCUGUGGCCACCACGUGGUCAGUCACUUCACCUGCGAGAUCCUGGCAGUGCUGAGGCUGGCAUGCGGUGACACGUCGGUCAACGAGGGCUUCCUGCUGGUGGGUGCCAUUCUGCUGCUGCCUGUGCCCCUGGCGUUCAUCUGCCUGUCCUACACACUUAUCCUGGCCACCACCCUGAGGGUACCCUCAGCCGCUGGGCACCGCAAAGCCUUCUCCACCUGUUCGGCACAGCUGUCUGUGGUGCUGCUUUUCUAUGGCACCGUGACCUGCAUGCACCUGAAGCCCAAGAGCAGGGCAGUCAGCGUCUCUGACGAGGCCUUCACAGUCCUCCACGCCGUGGCCACGCCACGCCGAACCCUGUCGUCUACAGCCUGA